AUGUUUGAAUACACCGAUUACCACAAAGUUUUCCCCGCGGGGGCCCAGGUACCCUACGAUCGCAAGCGCAUCCACGAGAUCGAGGCGCGCCGGAAAGAUUUAGGCGGGCAGCUCUUCAUGGAUCGUGUUUUGAAAGCACUGGGAAUCAGCAAAAACAAGAUCUACCCUCCAAAGAACGACAAUGGCGUGAAACAACUUCACCAACAAAUUUGCGAGAGCAACAUGUCGAUGCACCACAAGUUAUCGUUGCUAUACUAUGUGCUCUUGGACUUUGAUAUAGUUGACGGCCAGGCGUCUCUUUCUGAAACAUUUGCUUCUGCUUCGGGAAUGCCUCAGAAGUACGAGAUCUUUAUGAAAGGCUUGUGGUAUAUGGACUGCCUAGCUUUUUCGACCGCUCUGGAAUAUGUCGCCCACCCAUCAUUAGUACCAGACUUUGCGGAUGAUAUCGUCAUCACUCUUGUGCAGCAUGCUCCGGAUGGCGACUAUGAUCUUGCGCUGUCUUACUUCCAUACUGUUCAACCAGUUUUAAAGUCUUCCAAGGCUUUGGAGCUCAUCUUUGGCGCCAUGGCUCAAACCAAUGUGACUGAGGCGCUCCUAUAUUCCCGCACAUACCCAGAGUAUACCCGCCAGCUCCUCUUUCGGCAGCUGAUCGCGGAGGUUCUCGGUAACAAGUCGGGGCAGGCAGACGAAUUGGCAUUCUUGCCGUUUGACUCUGUAGAAGAGGUGUGGUUUGAAGAGUAUCUUUCUACUGGCGAAGGAAGAAAUCUUAAAAAAGCAAAGGAUACUCUCCUUGUCCGCAAAAUUGCCAGCGACCGAUUUGGAGAGAUUCGAACUCAAAGGACGAGCAGCCAGUGGGGACCUGUGUUGGAAGGUAUUAAGCUGGGCAUUGAGGGUCAAUUCGAAUAA